AUGCCCUCUACUCACAAGAAGGAGAAGCCGUGGGAUACGGACGACAUUGACAAGUGGAAGGUCGAUGUCUUCACCCCAAAGGACAAUGCUGGAGGCACUUUUGCUGAAGAGUCUUCGUUUGCGACUCUCUUCCCCAAAUACCGAGAAGUCUACCUGAAGGAGGCCUGGCCUCUCGUCACCAAGGCGCUCGAAAAGACUGGUAUCGCCUGCACUCUGGAUUUGGUCGAGGGUUCCAUGACCGUCAAGACUACCCGAAAAACAUUUGAUCCCGCCGCCAUCCUCAACGCACGCGACCUCAUCAAGCUCCUUGCUCGAAGUGUCCCCGCGCCACAAGCCAUCAAGAUCCUCGACGAUGGCGUCGCCUGCGAUAUCAUCAAGAUCCGCAGCCUCGUCCGGAAUAAGGAGAGAUUUGUCAAGCGACGACAAAGAAUACUCGGACCCAACGGUUCGACCCUCAAGGCCCUCGAGCUGCUCACGGAGACAUACAUCCUGGUCCACGGUAACACGGUGUCUGCCAUGGGCCCCUACAAGGGCUUGAAGGAGAUGCGGAGAGUGGUGGAGGACUGCAUGGCCAACAUCCACCCUAUCUACCACAUCAAGGAGCUCAUGAUCAAGCGCGAGCUCGCAAAGGAUCCCGAGCUGGCCAACGAGAGCUGGGACCGCUUCCUUCCCAACUUCAAGAAGAAGACGCUCAGCCGACGACGUGUGCCUCUCAAGGUCACCGACAAGACCAAGAAGACCUACACGCCGUUCCCCCCGGCCCCCGAGAAGAGCAAGGUCGAUAUGCAGAUCGAGUCGGGCGAGUACUUCUUGGGCAAGCAGGGCAAGGAGCGCGCCGCGCAAGAGGAGCGCAAGGAGAAGCAGAAGCAGCGAAAGGAGGACAAGGCCAAGGAGCGCGAGGCCGAGUUUGUCCCACCGGAAGAGGGAGGCCGACCCAAGAAGAAGCGCAAGAAGUCGGACGAGUAA